AUGACAGAUUUACCAGGAAGUCCCUCACAGGGACAGCUUCUACGCUUCCGCAAGGAAGCAUCUCAUCCAGACUCUCCCCAACAGCUCUCUUCCCUUCUUUCUUCGAAGCCCGGUGUUUGGCCUGUCAGGGAAUUCCGUGACCUGAUUCUCGCAUUUCAAGAUAUUUACAAGUCCCUUCCUGAAGAGCGCAAGGCCCAGGAGGAUGAGUCCAUUACAUUCCUCCGAACACAAGUCAAGCAGGCCACACCUUGUCUUGCUGAGCUCAUAGGAACAGACCCUCGUGCUGGACUUAUUGAUGCUACUUCUGGACGAAACCUGACACAUGGUGCCAUUCGUUCCUUUGUACAGAACUUUGAGCUUCCUGUUGGUCCAUCCCAACAUGGCAAGCCUCGCAUUGCUGUUAUCCUUCCCAAUGGUCCGAUUAUGGCACUUGCUGUCCUCUCCUUUGCUAAUAGAUAUACCAUGGUUCCCAUGGCCAACAACACUGUACCAGAGCAAUUGCAAAUGGAUAUUCGACAGGUGCAAGCCGAUGCUGUUGUUGCACUGGAUGCUGAUAUUGCCAAGUUGAAGCUCAACGAUGGAGCUCGACCCGUCUUUGGUCUUGAAGACCUUGAUGAUCUGACUUUACAAGUUGUCUCAUCUUACAAUACUACAACUGAGAAAUCGAGUUUCUCGCCUAACGCCGCCAACGAUAUUGCUAUCAUUCUCUUUACCAGUGGUACCAGUGGUACUAAAAAACUGGUCCCUAUAACAAUUUUUAACCUCAUUGCGGGUACCAUGGCCACUAUCGAGUCCGUGGAGCUUACGGAAACCGAUACCUGUCUCAACAUGAUGCCCCUAAACCAUGUUGGAGGUAUCCUUCGCAGUAUUCUAUCCCCUAUUCUUGCGGGCGGCGCCACAAUUUGCUGCCCUUCCUUUGAUCCCAGUAUGUUCUGGGAUGCCGUUGAAAGCCCUUACAUGACCCCGACAUGGUACUACGCCACACCCACUAUGCAUCAAAUGAUCCUCGGUGAGGCGGAGCACCGGCGCGAAGCGGUUGCCCAAAGUGUCAUCAAGUUUAUUUGUAAUGCGGGUGCUGGUCUCCCCCCGACCCUUGCCAUGCAGCUACGUGAUAUGUUCCAUUGUGUUAUCCUCCCCAGUUAUGGUAUGACAGAAUGCAUGCCUAUUGCUGCGCCACCAAAGAACUAUGCCCUUGAUCGACAUGGAACAUCAGGUCGAAUUGUCGGCCCCGAUGUGGCUAUUUUGUCAGAGGAGGGUCAACCUGUCGCAAAAUGUGGAAUGCUAGGACGCAUCUCCAUCCGGGGAUCUCCCGCCUUCGAAGGGUACCUUACCGCUGAGGGUAAAAUUGACAAGAGUGCAUUCAAUGCAUCCGGCUGGUUUGAUACCGGUGACUUGGGAUACCUUGAUGCCGACAAUUAUCUAUACAUCACUGGUCGCAGCAAGGAGGUUAUCAACCGCGGUGGUGAGAUUAUUUCUCCCGUCGAAGUUGAGGAUGCUGUCUUGGCAGCUGCCAAGGAUCCCGAAUCCCCUCUCUAUGGCCGUGUCACAGAGACACUAGCCUUCUCUGUUCCCGAUGAGGUUCUUCAGGAAGUUGUUGGUGCUGUGAUCGUCACUCCUCCCGGAAGUACCAGACCCGAUCUCCGUCAGCUGCAUGAAGCACUGCAGCCCAUCAUUCAUCAACCUAAGUGGCCUGCCGUCAUUGUGUACAUGGAUCGUGUACCAAAGUCAAAUAACAAGAUCCAGCGUAUCAAGCUCGCUCAACGUCUGACCCUGGAUACCCUCACACCCACUACUCCCCUGGCAGACCGACACUUUGAGGCCAGUUGCCCUCCCAAUGGUACUCCUCUGAGCACACCCAUCGUCAAGAAGGCUUGUGUCAUUGAUGAUCAGAUUAUUAAGACGACUCUUGCCAGGCAAGACAGUGUCGAAUCCGUCCACGUUCAUAUCAACCCGCGCGAUGGAUUCGCCCACGCUGUUCUGUUCGGUCAGCAUCCUGACAUGGACCUUGUUAAGCCCAGCGAUUUUCAUCAUGAGCUCGAUGGUUACCUUAUCCCCGGUCGCAUCACACCUCUGAACUGCUCGAUGCCUCUUGAUAGAUUUGGAAACCCCGAUCACACUGCUAUCGAGGCAGCCAUCCGCGCCCGCAACUCUGACGGCAGUCUCACUGCCACUCAGCGUCGUGUGCGCGAGGCCUUUGCCAGUGCCUUGUCUUGCACUAUUGAAGAUAUCUCCUCUUCGACUGACUUUUUCGCUGCUGGCGGCGACAGUCUUAGUGCCGGUCGUCUGGUCUCUCAACUGCGUCGCGAGUUUGGUAUCUUCCUGGCUGGUGACAUUCUCUUCCACCACAGUACUGUCGGUGAAAUUGAAAGUAAGAUUGUCGAGGCUGUGGAGAUCAAGGCUGCCAAGGGUGAUGAGGGAGAGGUUGAGCUGCCUGGCUGUGAGAAGACAUACAGCAGCACCAACCCAAUUGUCAUGUUCUUCCACCUGUUCCCCAUUGCGUUCUUCUUCCCUAUGAAGCGUGCUUUCCAAUGGCUUGUCUUCGCCUAUGUUGUGGCCGAGUGUUCGAUUCGAUUCCCCAUCCGAUUCGACCUCAUUGGUCGUUUGGUCUUGAUUGUGUUGGCCGUGUUGGCCGCUCGUGUUGCUGGUCAUAUCCUCUUUCCCUUCUGUGCCCUUGGCUGGAAGUGGAUUUGCAUUGGUCGUUACAAGGAAGGUAUCUAUCCCAUGUGGGGUCCAUACCACACUCGCUGGUGGUUGUCUCAAAAGGCAAGCCAGGUCUGUGGUCGAGGAAUUUUCAACCACUUCAACUGGUCUCGUGUUCUCUUCUACCGUAUGAUGGGUAUGAAGAUUGGCAAGAAUGUUACCAUCUCCAGAUCUGCGAAGGUUGGUGAAUACGACCUGAUCGAGAUCGGAGAUAAUGUCGUCUUGGACAACUGUCAGUGCCGUCCCUUUGCUGUGGAGCGCAACACCUCUAUGCUUUUGAAGCGUAUUCGCAUCGGCAAGGACUCCAGUGUUGGUACCAAGUCACUUAUCGCUCCUGGUGCUGAUAUCCCUGAGAACACCUGCAUUGGUCCUAAUUCCUCAAGCUGGGAGCUGCAAGAUGCCGAUGAGUCUAACCGCGAUCUGCUUUCUACUCGCAUCCCUCAGCCUCACUGGAUCUUUGUCCUUCUGAUUGUUGAGCCUAUUCGUAUCAUCGUUUGGACUGCUGCUCGUCUUACUUGGAUGGGUGGUCUUGUGCCCAUGGUGAAACAGUUCCCUGCCUACUCCAACGACAUGUUUUUGGCUACCCUGGAAUGGUACACUAGUGGUCGACGAAUUGGUCUGCACAUCGCCGCACGAAUUUGUCGUGCUAUUGGUGGUCCGAUCGUCCUUUUCAUCACAGUCCUGAUUUUCAAGACCCUCCUCGAUCUUAUCUGCGGCAAGCCCAAGCCUGGUCCUGCCUCGAAGAUGUCCACUCGUCAGAAGGUGCGAAGUGCCGUGCUUGCGGAGAUCCUGCCUCAUGGUGAUAUCCAUGAGCUUACCCGUAUCGCUGGUCGUCACUACGAACUUGUCUCCAUGGCUAUUCGCCUCCUGGGUGGAAAGGUUGGAAAGCGUAUCUAUUGGCCCAGUGUUGGUCCCGCUCUUCCGGACUUCGAUCUUGUUGAGGUUGGUAACGAUGUUGUCUUCGGUUCUCGAUCAACCAUUGUCACUUCCGAUGGCUACGGUCGCGACCGCGUUGUGAUUGGUGACGGUACUAUGGUCGGUGAUCGUGUGGUUGCCCUGCCUGGUGUUACUAUCGGUCGCGAGGCUAUGAUUGGCUCUGGUGCUCUGCUCCGUCGAAAUGGUGAUUAUCCUUCCAACACCAUCUGGACUGGCAGCAAGGGUGGUAAUGCCGUCCAGUUCCCUUCAUCCAACUCGGCCACUAUCUCAACUGCUCCCACUGUCGUUGGAAGCAGCAACAGCAGCCAAGACGGUUACAGUGAUGACGAGAAGCACCCAAGUGAGAAGACAUUCACUGACGAGAAGCCAACAAUGGUUGUCACCAAGAACACCAACAACUCUACUGAGGAGAUCCCUGAGACGGACACCUGCAAGCCCUUUGGUCGUGCGUUCUACCGUGGAGAGGCAAACUACUACGUCCUCCGCAUCUGGCAAAUCGUCAUCUACUCCUGCCUGUCAGUAAUUUUCACUACUGUCUACUGGCUGCUCACUGUCGUCUUCUCCCUCUUGGCUCUUCGUGCUGUCCUCACCCACACUACUAUGCCUGGUUUUGGCGAAGGUCCUUGGCGUCCAUUUGUCCUCUAUGGUGUCCUUGCUUCCUUUUUGUCAGCUAUCAGUUUCUUCCAAUCAUUCCUUGCCUUCGGCAUUGUCAUCUGCUGUAAGUGGAUGGUCAUGGGUCGCCGCAAGGAAGGUGCUUUCCAUUGGGACAAGAGCAGUUACAACCAGCGAUGGCAAUUCCUGCUCUCUUGCGAGACUCUUAUCAAGGACUGCUACGGUGGAAUUGGUCUUCUGCCCAUGAUCACUGGCUCUGCCUACAUCUCCUGGUACUACCGCCUUCUUGGUGCCACCAUUGGCAAGGACUGUGCUAUCCACGCCAACGGUACUCCCAACGUUUUCUUCACUGAGCCUGACCUUAUUACCUUUGGCAACCGUGUCGCUGUCGAUGACGCUAGUGUGGUCUGCCACGUGAACUCUCGUGGUGAGUUCGAGCUACACACUCUGAAGAUCGGAGACCGGAGUAUUAUGCGUGCUGGAUCACGUCUGAUGUCUGGUGCUUCUAUGGGUGAGGAUGCAUGCCUUCUGGAACACACCCUGGUCAUGUCUGGUGACCAUGUUGAAGACAAGGCUACACUUCAAGGCUGGCCCGCAGAAGGCUUCCAGGGGAAGCGUGCAUAG